AUGCGUCGUUUCUGGAUCGCUGCUCUUGCCGUUGCGGCUUGGCUCCCGGCCCCUGGCCUCGGCUUGCCGCAAGGCGACCCGUCAGAAACGAGCCAGGAUGGCAACGCCGGCGCCGGCGUUGCAGCCCUCACCGACGAAGAACUCGUCAAGAUAGCCGAAGACUUUUCGGAAAAGGAGUUCAAGCGACGGCUGAUCAACUACGACCUGGAGAAGUUCUUCAUCGCAUCGCAGCCGCCGCCGCAGAGCUCGUCGCUAAAGGCCCGUCAGGAAGGGCAGCUCACCGAUCUCGCGAUAGAAUCCAAGACGGGCGUGCCCACCUUCUCAGCCAUCCGCUCCUCGAUCGACAACUUUGAGCCCGACUCGAUGAAAGGUUUGAAGAAGAUGAUGAUGGCCGGCGGAUUUGCCAGAUGGGUCAAGAACAUGGUCAACGUCUACUCGACGAAUUCGACCGACGUGGAAAGGGUCGUGGUGGCUACGAGCAUCAUCCCCUUCAUGAGAUGCGCCUUCGACGCCUCAGCCAAGGCAGAAAAGGGCAAGGAAAACGUAGACUUGAGGUUCGCCUUGUGUACCGCCACGGACCUCGUGUCCCUCACCCCGGCCUGGCCCCUCGCCGCCGCCGUCACCAUCACGCUGGAUCUCGUCCGCACCAUCCCCCUGGCCAUGGCCAUCAACGAGGAGUGGGAGCACCUCAUGGUCCCCGAGAAUCUCAACCAGCGCCGCGCCGACAACUGGGCGCUGCAGCGCAGACUCAUCAUCACGGACCUGGUGUCCGGCGAGUGCAAGGCCCGCGUCAGGACCCAGUACGCGGCAAUGCAAGUGAGCACGCUCUUUGAAGAGUGCCGCGUCAAGGGCACGCUGUACGCGGGCGCCAUGCAGGCCGCGGCGACUGAGGAGGAGCGGCAGCGCAUCCGAGAGACGGAAUCUCUCGAGGGGAAAGCCGAGGUGGAACAGAAGACAUGCGAGGCCAUGUCGCAACUCAGGACGCAGCUUGUGGAGCAGACUCUCGAGGAAUCCACCAAGCUCCUCAAGACGCGGCGGUUCGAGUUCGACGAGCUCUUCUUCAAGAACCACGUGGCGUGGAUGAUGGAGAACCGCCCCAGGGGUUUUGGGGGCAUUCAGAUGAAGCCGAAGCCGCUCAUCGACUUUGCCAUGUCCGUGCGGAGUGAGUACAAGCUGGAGAUGACUCGCUCCCACAAGGCCAAUGACCGUGACCACAAGGGCCUCGCCGACGGCACCGCCGCUCCCACAGAGCACCUUCCUCGCUUCUUUGCCAAGCACGGCUAUGCCGACGCCGACCCCAAGAAGAUCAAGAAGGACGGUGGCGGCAAAGGCAACUGGGGAAACUUUGGAGAAGAGGUAGUGGAUGAAGACUUCCGCUUCACCAACGCGCGUCGCCGCUCCAACAGCAGCACCGUCUCACACCACAUGGGCGAGUUCAAGACCAAGUUCGACGUCAACGAACCCGAGCCCGUCUUUGAGGAGUCGGUCCACGGCCCCACCAGCGACGAGGGCGACGACCUGUCCAAGACAGACUCGUCGGAGAGCGGCGGGUCGUCAGCUCAUUGA